GAAACGAGUGACACAUGACAGCUGUUUUCCUUUCAGUUCUUUUUAGGCUGGAGAGGUGAACAGAACCUUAAGAUAAUGAUUGUGGCCAAGUUUCGAGUGGUUGUGGUGGUCUUUUUUCUAAGCUUCUUCUGGACUUUUGCCAAUUGUGAUGUAGCUGUCUCCUGUGAUUUGAAGGACAACUGCAUCUUACCAUGUCAGUUUCAGCCUGGUCCUGAAGAGGUCAUCCACUGGAUGACAGAAAACAUUGCUGUCCACUCAUUUUACUACAACAAAGAUCAACUUGGAAGCCAGAACCAGCGCUUCAAAGGCAGGACGUCAAUCUUUAAGGACCAGAUCUCCAGUGGAAAUGCCUCACUACUGCUGAAAAAUGUGAAUUCUCAGGAUGGGGGCAGAUACAGGUGCUACACCAGCACCACCAGAGGAAACCAAGAGUUGUUCAUCCAGCUGACUGUGGAUGUUCCAGUCCAAAACGUUAACAUUGAGCAGUCAGGAGAAAGCAUCAUCUGCAGGUCAGAGGGGAUCUCCCCUGAACCUACACUCACCUGGUCUACAGAUCCUUCUUCCUCCAUUGAGUCAAAACCCAGUGUCCAGCAGAACGGACAACUUUACAGCAUCAGUAGUUCUCUGACACGCUCAGAAAUUGAUGCUGGUUUAAAUUAUACCUGCACUGUCAGCACAAGAAAAAGCAGAAGAACGGCAACUUUAUUUAAACUGAAUAAUGUCACUGGUUCUGAGUCUGAAAGAACAAUCCAGUGCUCUGACUCAAAAAGCCCUGUAACUCGUUUCAUCUGGAGAUUCGACCACAGUCAGAUCAUCGUGACUGAGAGUGAAGUCGGGGGAUCUUACACAGCUUCAGAGGAGUGGAGGCCGUAUGUGAAGAGUGUUUCAGAGACAGGAAGCCUCACACUACAGAACUUAUCUACAGAUAAGAAAGGAAUAUACACGUGUGAACUCAUUAAUGUUGAUGAGACACUAAUAAAAAGUACUUUUCUUCAGAUUACAGAAGAGAAAUCACAUAAAGCCAUGAUCAUAGGCGUGGUGUUGGCAGCAAUAACCACUCUGGCAGUUAUUGCUGCCAUAGUGCUGCUGCGUGUCUGCAAAAACAAAACAGCCAAGAAAAACAAAAAUAAGGAUGACAAGAAUAACGAAAAAGAAAGCACAGCUGCUGAAGAGGAGAGUUUGAAAAGUUGAGUGAGAAGUGAAUCUGUUUAGUGAUUUAAUGCCCACAAAUCUCUAAUGGAGCCACUGAUGAGAAACUAAAGAUGAUGAUGGACAGAGGUCGGACAGUGAAGUGAAGUUUUUUUUGUAAAAAUAAAAAGUAUUCUGACUGAAUGCUUUCAGUCACCGUUUUAAAGACUUAACCAAAGGUUGCUGUAUCUACACUGUUCAAUGAAGAAGAAAGACACAUUGCACUUUGACAAAAAGGGUACCACAAGACAUAAUUCUACAGUACAAAAUGCUCUACUACUUUUCCUUGAUGGGAGAGACUUGACAGACAGGAUUAUAGUGACUGAGUAAUCACAGAUCCUUGAAAACUCAACAUUUGGGGUACUUUCUCAUUCUUUUUACUAAUUCUUCUUAAUGGAAUAUUUUUGUGUACAUAUAGGCACGUUGACAAGAUGAAAAUAAUAUGGAACAAAAAAAGAAUCAACUACGUCCUCUUAUUAAACUCUUGAUGCUAAGCCGUCUGGGGUGAACAGAAAUUAGUUUUCUCCUGGAGUAUCCAUCCUACUUCCAUCCAUAGCUACUUAUUCCAGCAACUACAGGGCAAGAAGCAGGGACAGGUCGCCAAUCUGAUGUAGGGCUAACACAGAGAGACAAACCACCAUUCACACUGGGAUUCAUACCUAUACACAAUUUAGAAUUAGCAGUUAACCUAACCCCACUAACUGCAUGCCUUUGGACUGUUGGAGGAAGCUGGCGUAACCAGAGAGAACCCUUUAUAACACAGGGAGAACAUGCAAACAACCCUUUCACAUCUUAUUCAGUUCAGGCAACAUGAAUAAAAAAUGAAAAAAAAACGCAAAAAAAAAAUUCUCUCUGAUCGAUGAGAUAUGUGAUAAUAUAUUAUGUGAUAAUUAUUAAAAUAUUUUUGGAGA